AUGGCUCCAAAAAAGGUUAUCCUUGCGGUGUUCUUUGUUUUCUUCACUUUGAAAUUGUACUCUGCAAAAUCACAAAUUUCGGUUAAAGCUGGUUACUGGUACUCAGGCAGCGGGUUCCCGAGUUUGGGCAUAAAUUCUGCUCUCUAUACUCACCUUCAUUGUGCAUUUGCUCAGGUAAAUUCAACCUCUUAUGAACUCUCUUUAUCAGAGUCUGAUGAGAAACUGUUCCCCAACUUCACAGACACUGUGUACCCAUCAGUCUUCACUCUUCUAUCAAUUGGGGGUGCAAAUGCCAACUAUUCAACAGUUUCUGCAAUGGUGAGUGAUUCAUCUUUCAGGAAAUCUUUCAUUGAUUCUUCAAUUAGAACCGCCAGGCUUUAUGGUUUCCAUGGCUUGGACUUUUGUUGGGUAUAUGCAAACUCUAGCUCUGAUAUGUAUAACAUGGGAGUUCUCUUUCAAGAGUGGCAAGCUGCUAUCAACUUAGAGGCAUUAAACUCUAGCUAUGCACAACUUCUAUUGACUGCAGCUUUUCUUUUAAAACCAGGUUUAGAUUCAGGAAGGUUCCCUCUAGAAGCGAUGGAACGGUACUUGGAUUGGGCUAAUAUUUUGGCUUAUGACUACUACACCCCUCAGUGGUAUAAUUUUACUGCUGCUCAGGCUGCUCUGUAUGAUCCAAGUAGUAAUGUUAAUACUGAUUAUGGUAUAAGGGCUUGGAUUAGCGGAGGAUUUUCUGCUGAUAAGAUGGUUUUGGGUUUGCCUUUCUAUGGUUAUGCGUGGACGCUUGCAAACCCCAUGGAAAACGGUAUUGGUGCGCCAGCAACAGGGCCAGCCAUUAGAGAAAGCUUAAUUCUCAAGCUGGAUACUUUCUCAAGCUGCAGAUCUUUCAUGAGAACUCUAGUUAAUAUAGGGAAACAUUUUUCAGCUCAAGAGAGUAAUAAGAAUGGAGGAAAAAAGUGGCGGCUAUUGGCAACUGUUUUGUCUACAACUGCCGCUGCUAUUCUGCUUCUAGGCUGUUUCUUGAUAUAUUACUUCUGGCAAAGAGAGCUCAAAUCAGAAGGAUCAAAGAAGAAAUUAAAUGACCCAUCUGCAACUGGGGAUUUUAACAGAAAUGCUCAUAAUCUGAUAACUUAUGGUUUUCAUGAAAUUGAAGCGGCUACAGCCAGAUUUUCAUUUGAAAAUAAGCUGGGUGAAGGUGGAUAUGGUCCUGUUUACAAGGCUUUGCUGCCUAAUGGACAGGAAGUUGCAGUGAAGAAGCUUUCGAAAACAUCCACACAAGGAUAUGAGGAGUUCAGGAAUGAGGUUAUGCUUACAGCGAAGCUCCAACAUGUAAAUCUUGUAAGACUUUUGGGAUUUUGUACUGACAGACAAGAACAAAUGUUGAUCUAUGAGUACAUGCCAAAUAAAAGCUUGGACUAUUACCUUUUUGAUCCCAUUAGAAGGUCUAUUUUGGAUUGGAGAAAACGUGUUCAAAUCAUUGAAGGGAUUAUUCAGGGACUUUUGUAUGUGCAGGAAUACUCAAGGUUUACUAUCAUUCACAGAGACUUGAAAACCAGUAAUGUUUUAUUAGAUGAAAAUAUGAAGCCGAAAAUAUCAGAUUUUGGUAUGGCCAGAAUAUUUGCAAAAGAUGAAUUUGAAGCAAACACUAGAAGAGUUGUUGGGACAUAUGGGUAUGUUCCUCCUGAAUACGUUAAAAGAGGCAUAUACUCUACGAAAUUGGAUGUGUACAGUUUUGGGGUUUUACUUCUACAAAUAAUUAGUGGAAACAAGGUUUCUGCUCUCUACGGUCCUGAAGAAAACUUAAGCCUGCUAGACCAUGCUUAUAAUCUCUGGAAAGAAGAAAAAGGCAUGGAGUUUAUGGAUCCAUCUUUAGAUGAUACAAAUUUCUUGUGUAACUUAAUAAAGUGUUUGCAAAUAGCUCUAUUGUGUGUCCAGGAAUAUCCAAAUGAUAGACCAUCUAUGUUGGAAGUUUCCUCUAUGAUUAAAAAUGAAACCUUAAAUAUAAUGACUCCGAAGAAGCCGGCUUUCUCGAAACAAGCUGAUGAAGAUAGAGAAACUAUAGUGACAUUCAAUGACGUAACCAUUUCAGAAGCUGUAGGUAGAUGA